AUGAGCUUUGCCAUCGAGACCGUAUUCCUCGACAAGUCUACCCCGAUCGGUGCGCGGCUCCUCGCCGUCAUUCAACUCAAGAAUGGAAUCGAUAAAUACUGGAGGAUGUAUGCUCAGGUCAAGAAUGGAAUACAGCCGGACGAAAAGACCUUGAUCCGAUCUCGGCUCUUUCAGGGAACCAUUGACGAGGACGAGCGAGGCCUGGCGCUGCACAAUGCCCUUGUCGUGGCAAAAGUUGUGAGGAUAGAAUACCCCACAGACUGGCCCGAUGCCUUGUCCAGUAUCAUUGGUCUCCUACGAUCCAGCAAGGAUGGGAAUCAGAAACACCUGCACGGAAUCCUGCAAAUUCUUCUUCGAGUGGUCAAGGAGCUGGGAACCGCUCGCUUGAGAAAGUCUCAGACAGCGUUGCAAUCCGUCACCCCCGAGAUCGUCUACGUCUUGAAUGAAAUUUACACCGAAAAGACUGCCCUCUGGUUGUCAUUCGUGUCCAAUUGCCAAGGCUCAGGAGAGGACGCCAAUGUUGCGAUGCACAACAGUCUGUUGUCUCUCAAGGUUAUCAGACGGCUUAUUAUCCUAGGCUAUGAGAGACCGCACACUGACGAAUCAGUCGAGAGGUUUUGGACAGUCUCUCAAAACCAGUUUGGCCAAUUGCUCAACCUCGCAGGCCAGGAAUCCACCAUACCUCCCACCUCCCAAGACCUUGUUGGCAGGCAUCUUCUUCAAUUUACAAAAUUGCAUAUAGACAUGGCCGAACAACACGCGGCGAGUUUCUCCAUUUUACCCAACUCCCUCCACCUCGCGCGCGCGUACUGGGACUUGGUGUCCAAGUUUGCAGAAGUCUUUGAUUCGUCAGACGGCAUUCGUCAGGGCACGGGGGAUGCUGGUUCAUCCAAGUCCAAGAUGGAGGGACCUCUGCAAGAACGGCUGGCGCUCAAGGGUCUACUCCUGAUCCGUGCUUGUGUGAGAAUUGCGUUUCAGCCGGUUCAAACCUUCAAAUACCGAACGCCUGAGACCAAGGCAGAGCAAGAACAAGCCAGAAACAUUAUCAAAACCGAGCUUCUGAAAGACGAUGUGGUCAUUCAAAUGGUCAACUCUAUCAUUACACACUUGUUUGUCUUUCGACUCUCGGAUCUUGAGGCGUGGGAGGAAGAUCCCGAAGAGUGGGAACGGCAGGAACAAAGUGAGGGCAAUGCCUUCGAAUGGGAGGUCCGGCCAUGCGCAGAAAAGCUCUUUUUGGAUUUGCUCACAAACUUCAAACAACUCAUUAUACCGCCAUUGCUGUCAUAUUUCCAGUCUGCGCAAUCGCCACAGGCCGAUAUCGCCACGAAAGAGGCUGUAUAUACCGCAAUGGGCUUGGCUGCUGCCCAUGUUGUCAACGUGUUCGACUUUGACGCCGUUUUGUCGUCAACGAUUGUGAACGAUGCCCAGCAACAAGGUGGCUUGCACAAGGUCUUGCGGAGGCGCAUUGCCAUUCUAAUUAGCCAAUGGGCACCUGUUAAGCUGGCAGGUGCUAGCAGACCAUUGGUGUAUCGUAUCUUCCAGCAUUUUCUCAAUCCCAACGACGAAAUGAAUGAUUUGGUAGUGCGAAUCACGGCAGCAAGGCAGCUGAGGUGGAUUGCAGACGAGCUCGACUUCAGCGCCGAGGCUUUCUUGCCGUACACUGCCGACGUCCUCUCUCAACUGGUACAGCUCAUCCAGUAUGUGGAGGUUGACGAAACCAAGCUGGCCAUUUUAGAGUCCGUUCGGAUCUUGGUAACGCGCAUGGAAGAUCAAGUUUCACAAUUCGGCGACCAGUUAAUGUCUGCCCUUCCAGGCGUGUGGGAGAACUGCGGCACCGAAGAAUACAUGAUCAAGCAGGCGGUCAUUGCUAUCUUCGCCGCUCUUGUGAUGAGCAUGGGGAACACUUCGCAACGUUAUCAGAACUUGAUGAUUCCUCUGAUAUCCGAGGCUGCGCGACCGGGGUCUGACAUUCAUGUCCAUCUCAUCGACGAGUCACUCGAACUUUGGAACGCAAUUCUGAUGCAGAGCAAAGCGCCCCCUGCACCGGAAGUCAUUAACCUUGCGGAAUUGGCUCUUCCCUUGAUAGAGUACCAAUCAGACACAGCACUCCAGGCGCUUACUGCCAUAGAGUCGUACGUCCUGAUAGCUCCGUCUGCGAUGUUGGAGGACAAGCUUCGCAGGCCAACCCUGACUGCCCUCUCUGGCACACUCAAUUCCAAGAGCCGGGAGCUAGUUCGUCUGGGGACCAUCUGCAUCGAGUAUCUUGUCCGAGCCGCAACGCAGAUUGGCGGAUCGACGGGAAUUUCAGUAAUUGUUCAAGACAUGCUGGAGAUAGGCUUCGUGAACCAAAUCUUGACAAAUCUCCACGAUGCAUGGGAAGCACACCAAACGACGGGUCCUAACAGGAAGAUUUCCAAACUCAACACCAUUACGGAAGGAGACUACCUGGCCAUACUGGCACGGAUUGCCCUAGCCGAACCCAGUAUGUUUAUACAAAUGCUCACUGCACUCGGAACCCUCGAGCAAGUGUGGUCUUGGCUUUCUGCAGAGUGGUUCUCCUACCUCUCCAGCAUGGAUCACCUAGAGCGGCAAAAGCUGUACCUCCUGGGCCUCACGAGACUGAUUGAACUGCCAUCUCCCAUGCAAGAGCUCACAUUGGACAAGCUACAGGACUACCUGGAGAUGUGGACAAACGUCAUUGUUGAAGUCCAGGAAGGCGAGCUGGGUGGCCAUGACACACUUGUAUGGGGCGGGUUGGAAACGUCGGAAUAUGAUACCCCCAAGAUGAUGAUAGAACAACACACUAUGGCUAAGGACCCGGUCCAUUCCGUGCCGGCAUUCGCAUUUGUGAGUGCCAGGUUGCAGGAUCUAGUAGCUAGGGUUGGUGGCGAGGCGGCGUUUGAAGAGAAGUGGGCGGUAAACGUCGACAAGGAUGUUCUUGAAAGAUUUAGACAAUUGGCAAACGCGGCAAGAUAG